AUGAAUGCACCGUUUAUUUAUCAGAGCAUCAUCAACAACUGUCUGUGGAGACUCGCCUGGCUACCUCCUGAAGAGGAAGCGAUGGUUGACCCAGAAGAUUUAGACUUCCUGGACCUCGAGCAUCAAGAAACCCUGAAACUUGAUGUAGAUAUGAGGGAUUCAGAAAUUCCAUCGCUGGACAUGACUGUAUUCCGACGCAAUAUUCCGGCUCCAUCACAAAUGGGUCCGGCCUUGGGAAGCUCAUAUAUUGACGAUAUCGCUCAUGGGGCGUCGACUUGGGACCAACUAUGUGAGGACCUGGACGCGUUGUUAUACAUACUACAAUACUGGAAUAUCUCUGUAAGCUUACCGAAAAGUGAAUUCGGAAAGUCUACCAUCCAUUCCUUUCUUCAUGAAGUAAGUGCGGACGGAAUCAGAGCGUUGCCGAAGAUUGUCAAAGGUAUAGAGGGCUUACCUUUCCCGCAAGGGGUUAAAAUCUUUUUAGGAAGUCUGAAUUACUACAAUAAGUUUAUUGAGGACUUACCAGUAGUUGCCGCUGUCCUCUACGAACUGGACGAAGAACGCGUACGUGCUGGAUGGAAUCUGGAAGCAGCGAAGGAGUCGUUUGAGAUACUGAAACGUAAGAUCGUGUCGACCCCACUGCUGCGGCAUCCAGAUAGAGCCAAGCCUUUCGUGAUUAUUCCGAAUGCUAACCCGUGGGCGGCGUGUGCAGUUUUGGGUCAGGAGCACGAAGGACGCAUACACCCACUCCGGUAUCAUAUAGCCGAAAAGGAAGUGCUCGCAAUCUUGCGGACUCUGGAAGUUUUCAGACCUCUGAUCCAUGGAUCAGAAUUCCCAGUUGUGGUGUAUACGCUACGCUGUGCUAAACUGGUUACUAGAAUCCAACACUGCAGACGGACGGCAUUUGAAGUGGGGGCUGGAACUAUCAAGAUGAACACUGGAAAUUCAUCGGACUCAGAAAUAUGA